AUGACUCAUUUACAGGCCACACAAGCGAACGGACGACGAAUGGAGGCCGUGGCAGAACACGAUUUCCAGGCAGGAUCUCCCGAUGAGCUUUCUUUCAAACGCGGAAACAUUUUGAAAGUGCGUUGUUUCGUGUUUCGCAAUACAGUUGGACAAACAAAUAAUCAAUAAUCACUGCAGGUUCUCAACAAAGACGAAGAUCCGCAUUGGUACAAGGCAGAAUUGGAAGGCAAUGAAGGUUUUAUUCCAUCAAAUUACAUUCGGAUGACGGAAUGCAACUGGUGAGCCAUUGACUUUUCGGCACUUGGCACAGAUCCAAUCGGAUCACGUUCAAGAGAUUAUCCAACUUUUCGCCCUUUACGCUUUGCUAUUUGCACAUAGCGCGCGGGCGGCAAACGAACACAGACUACACAGGAAGCCGUCAGCAAACAUAUAGUUUUCGAGUUCUUCAGGUACCUCGGCAAAAUAACACGCAAUGAUGCUGAAGUGCUUCUGAAGAAACCGAACGUACGUGACGGACACUUUCUGGUUCGGCAGUGCGAGAGCAGUCCUGGAGAGUUUUCUAUCAGUGUUCGGUAAAAGAAACGGGUUGAAUAACCAUGGCAUAAAAACACUUUUUGCAGAUUCCAAGACUCGGUCCAGCAUUUCAAGGUUUUGCGAGAUCAGAAUGGAAAGUAUUAUCUUUGGGCCGUCAAAUUCAGUUCACUCAAUGAGCUCGUCGCAUAUCACCGGUUAGUUUUUCACAGUUCAUCAUCACUUUUCUGAAUCUAUUCACUCCUGUGUGGGAGUACUAUCAUUAUCUUUCUUUUAUUUUUCAACAUUUAAAGUUAGUCAUUGUCAAACACAGAUUCUCACGCCGUAAAUAGGAAAGGGGGAAACAGUUCCGGCUGUACAAUGAGUCACCAAAAACUAUGGGAAAGGAGAUGCCGAACCCAUUUUUUCCUUUUGCAGGACGGCUUCUGUCUCGCGCACGCACACUAUACUCUUGUCGGAUCUGAAUGUUGAGACGCGAUUUGUGCAGGCUCUUUUCGAUUUCAAUCCACAGGAAAGUGGGGAGUUGGCGUUCAAGCGAGGCGAUGUCAUUACUCGUAAGUUUAUUCGGACCUUUUCAGGCAAAUGUCGGCGUCGGAGCCAUGGCCCAAGGUUUUCAAUGGAAAUUAUUCUGGAUCCAGUGGCAGGACCAGGGAACUCUUCAAGUUGAUAAGCCUUUCUGAAUUGUUCUCUCCUGCCACAUACACUGUGCAAAUACCAAAUCUCAGAAAUUCUCAUAAACGAAACAGGAGGCAGUCAAAGUUUUGGCUGUGGCCUGGGAAAUGUUUUCGACGAUUUUUCUACACCGCGGCCACACGUAAAAGCAUUUCUAAGAAUUGGGACUCGGAAAGAGAAGCGUCAGACAAACAAUUCUCGGGGGGUUCCCUAUUCCUUCAAAGGAUCUUCUGCAAUAUCAGCCGACCCUUUGCCAAAUUCAAAAAUUCUCUUAAUAAUGCAAGUCAACUUUCAGUCAUCAACCGAGACGAUCCGAACUGGUGGGAAGGACAGCUGAACAACCGUCGUGGAAUCUUCCCAUCCAACUACGUCUGCCCGUACAACAGUAAUCGAAGUAAUACGAAUGUUGCGCCAGGAUUUACGCCCGCUCCAUAG